AUGGUGGAAGCCUACGUGCACGACAACAACACCCAUGUGGACUGCCGCGCGCCGCACCACAGCGGCAAGUCAGUCUCGCUGGAACGCCUCGCGAGCCUAGGCGUGUUCUACCGCCACUGCCGCAGCCAGGAUGAAGUGGACGCUGUUGCUUGUGCCCGCCACUACAGCAACCGGGACGAGGUGACCAUCUCGCCGGCCAGUUUUCCGUCCGAGGACGCGUUCCGCGAUAAGCUCGCGGUGUUCUACACAGAGCAUCUGCACGAAGACGAGGAAAUCCGCUACGCCCUCGCAGGCGAGGGCUACUUCGACUUGCGUGACGCCACCACGGGCGACUGGAUCCGCGUGAAACUCACGACGGGCGACCUACUGAUCGUGCCCGCCGGCAUCUACCACCGUUUCACCGUGACAGAGUCCAACUUCAUCCGCGCCCAGCGCCUUUUCAAAGACGAACCGAAGUGGCAGGCCUUCAACCGCCCAGAAGGCGAUGCACGCCCAGUCCACAAGGAGUACCUUGCCUCUUUAGCGAUAUAG